AACAUUUUCACAAAGAUAGUACAUGGCAGUUCUGACGUUUGUUGUUAUUUUUGGUGAACACCGUAGUUUUUGUGAAAAUGGUUGUUCGUUGUUUCCAGUGAAAGUGCUCCGGGAUCCGUGCUUGCACCAUGUAACAGCCAUAGAAUCUCAAACAACAUGAACUCAUUAACUGGUUGAUUUGAGAACGACAGUUUUUUUGUGUUAUCGAUUCUUCCUAGCACCCCCUCAUGAGGUCUUCAAAACACGAUCUCUUCAAAACAUGAUUUCUUCUCCUAGAUAGUAUAAAAACGACAAGUGCGCUGUAAGAUGGAAACUGUGGGCGAUUUUGAGUACAGCAGCAAAGAAAUAAUUGGCCAUGGAGCUUUUGCUGUUGUCUUUAAAGGAAGACACAGAAAGAACCCAAAUUUUGUAGUGGCAAUAAAAAGUAUCACCAAAAAGAAUCUUGCAAAAUCUCAGAAUCUUCUUGGGAAAGAAAUCAAGAUUUUGAAGGAAUUAACGGAAUUACAUCAUGAAAAUGUCGUGGCGCUCCUUGAUUGUAAGGAAACUGCACUCAAUGUUUUCCUUGUCAUGGAAUAUUGCAAUGGAGGAGAUUUGGCUGACUAUUUAGCAGUCAAGGGGACAUUAAGUGAGGAUACAAUUCGGCUCUUCCUCUGUCAGUUGGCUGGUGCCAUGAAAGCUUUGUAUGCAAAAGGCAUUGUACAUAGAGAUUUAAAACCACAAAACAUUCUUCUCAGCCAUUCAGGUGGUAAGAUGUGCCCACAGCCUCAUGAAAUAACACUUAAGAUUGCUGACUUUGGUUUUGCAAGGUUCUUACAGGAUGGUGUUAUGGCAAAAACAUUAUGUGGAUCUCCUAUGUACAUGGCUCCAGAAGUUAUAAUGUCUCUCCAGUAUGAUGCGAAGGCAGAUCUGUGGAGCUUGGGCACAAUUGUUUUCCAAUGUCUGACUGGAAAGGCUCCAUUUCAGGCCCAAACUCCACCCGCUCUCAAACAAUUUUAUGAGAAAAAUGGAAAUUUGUCUCCAAAGAUACCACCAGGAACAUCACCAGAAUUAACAGAUCUCUUGAUGGGGCUGUUGCGACGUAAUGCUAGGGACCGCAUGAAUUUUGACACAUUUUUUAAUCAUCCGUUCUUGAAAAGACAUUCAGAGCCUGUUCCCACCCCAGCUCCACCACCACCGCCGUCCUGUACUCUACCUGGAGAGCUUCCUCCUUCUCCAGCUACAUUGUUUGCUCCUGUAGCAGCGGCUUCUUCACUACCAAGGGCUGAACCUUCUUCACCAGAACCAGGAUCGCCAGUGUCUUGUAGAGGUCAAGGCAGUAGUUCAAGUCCAGAAGAAACGGAUGACUUUGUCUUGGUUCCAUCAAAUAUUCCUUCUGAUCAGUCAAGUGAUAGCAACAUUGAAAGACAGGUGAAAGGUAUUCGACCAUGCAUGGCAAUAGCUAGUCCACCAAGGCCAAGUUUCCUGCCAAUAUCAGACCCCAUCCCUGUACCAACACAAAGGGAUGCUUAUCAGCAGUUACAAACAAAUGAUGGAUUGCAGUCACCAAGUAAGAGUACAGUUCCUAGAUCACAACCAAUCAACAUGAAGAGAGGGAAUGAUUAUUCGAGAACAGCUCCACCAGAUCUUAGCUCACUGUCACCACCUUCUGUGCAGUUCAUGAUAGGUACACCACCUGGUGGAGGGGGUCAACGUCGUCGUUCAGCAUCAGGCAGUUCAUGUGAAACACCACCACCUGUAACAACGUGGCAAGUGUCUCCUGUCUCUGGAGGAAAGUUAACUCCAACUAGUUCACCACUUAGGCGUUCAGGAACAAGUUCACCCCUUCUGAGCGGUCCACUAGCUGUUUUACCACCUAUACUUGGUUCCCCAACUCGUUUGACAGAAAAUAAUAAUCUCCGACAUUCACCAAUAAUGCCAUUUGGUACAAGGGCUAUGACGUUGCCAGAAAUUUCAGAAGCUGGAGGAAUUCAGAGGCUUUUCCACAAUUCUCCAGCACCUGCAAUUGAAGGGCCUAUAACUUUCCUAGCUCCAGAACUUCCUGAAGAAACACUAUUAGAAAGGGAACAUAAUGAGACACUGGCCAAACUAAAUUUCGUGUUAGCACUGUCGGACUGUGUAGCAGAGUUGGCAGCAUCUCGCGCAACUCCACUAGCAGCAUUAGCGGAUGGUGCAGGGAGUGGUGGUGGUAGUGUUGGUGGUGGUGGAGGAGGAGGAGGAGGAUCACGACAGAGUGAAGGAACUCGGCGUGCUGAGCAGCUGGUCCUACUUGUACGUGCAUUGCAGCUUUUAAGCUCAGGACUGAAUCUAGCAACACAGCAGUUGCGAGCCGGAGUACUGCAACCAUCAGCGUCAGUCAAAAGUGUGGUCAGUAUGUUGAAUUCAAAAUUUCACCAGUGUUUAAAUGAGUGCAAGCAGCUAAAUACUCCUGGGCUUCUGCAAAAAGCAGGAGUAGAUCCAUCAAGCACUAGUAUCACUGCAGAUAGAAUUCUGUACAACCAUGCAAUCCAGAUGUGCCAGUCAGCGGCGCUUGAUGAGCUUUUCGGUCAGCCUGAAGAAUGCUUUCAGCGUUACCAGACGGCUCAGAUCUUACUGCAUAGCCUUUCACAACAAGUGAGCCACCAACAAGAUAGAGCUUUAUUAACAAAGUACAAAGAUGCUGUUGAGAAAAGGUUAUUCGUCCUACAACAGCAAGGCUACAUUUACUCUACUUGACCUAACCAGUUUGUGUGGAUAUUCCAUUUUGUCCCAUUCAAGAAACAAAUGGAUCAUUCCGGUACCUGAAGGUUUGGCAGCUAACAGUGCAAAAACUAUUCAACUGUGCUGUUGCGUUGAAUGGACAUAACAUUUUUUUACUGCUGUUGUAGAGCAAGUGGUUUUAUAAAUGUAAAACAUGGACACUUAAUGCUAAUGUAUUUGUGUAUGUUACAGGAAGUGUAUCGGUUGUCUUUUGUACAAUUGAAUAAUUGUAGUGUGUGCAUCAAUGUGCAUAUGUACAUAUAUGUAAAAAAUAAAAUCUAAAUAGCUGUGCAAAGAA